AUGGGGCUCACUUCAUCUCUUCUUUCGUUCUUCUCCAACCCUUUCUACCUGUUUGGAGCCUUGAUCUCAGUCCGUGUGGCCUACUACUUCGUGCGUGUGUUCUUUGUCAAUGGCCCCCGGUGUCGAAGCACUGAUCGUUUGGACGGCAAGAAUGUCAUCAUCACAGGGGGUAACACUGGUAUCGGCAAAGAGACUGCCAUGGGACUAGCUGUGCGGGGGGCUAGGAUCUACAUUGCUUGUCGAGACAUGAAAAAAGGGCAGCUGGCUUUGAACGAGAUUCGUGAAAAGAGUGGCAAUGAGAACAUCUUUCUAAUGAAACUGGAUCUAGCUUCGUGCGAGUCCAUUCGCGAGUUUGUCAAGGAAUAUGAAAAGAAAGAAGACCAGAUUCACGUGUUACUCCUAAACGCUGGCGUUAUGAUAACACCAUACCAAAAAACUGUGGAAGGAUUUGAAUUCCAAUUUGGUAUCAAUCAUCUCGGCCAUUUCUAUCUCACCCAUCUGUGUCUGGAUUUGCUGAAAAGCUCUGCUCCCAGUCGAGUGUUGGUGGUGGCGUCUCUCGCUUACCUUCCCGGAUCUCUGGACUUCAGUGACAUGCAGUGGUCCAAAAGCUACAAUUCUUACCUGUCGUACUGCAGGAGUAAGCUGGCUAACGUCUUGUUCGCUCGAGAGUUGGGCAAACGGGUGGGAGAGGAUGGAGUAACUGUGGUUAGUCUGCACCCGGGUACAGUGUACACUGAGAUCACUCGGGACCUGCUCACUGGAUGGUUCAGCAUUCUAAAACCCGCUGCCCACCUUGCAAUGUAUCUGUUCUCAAAGACUCCAGAACAAGGAGCGCAGACAUCCAUCUACUGUGCCACGGCUCCAGAGGUCGAAGGUCAGCAGGGAACAUUCUGGGACAGCUGUGCGAUGAAAAAGUUAACAAAGAAAGGUGUGAACGAUGAAGAGUCAAAGAGACUCUGGGACUACAGUGUAGAACAGCUAGGACUAUAAUAGUUUGAGAGCUUGGACUCUCUGUGUUAUUUGUUAGUAUAAUUAUAUUUUAAUUAAUUUUACGACUUUCAUUGUUAAAUUAGUAAUUAAUCAUCAACUUGAUAUCUGG